AUGGCGGGCUUCCUCAACAAGAUUAAGAGCGCUGGCUCGGCCACCACGACUCAGCCAGCCAAAGAUGCCCUUCAAAAGAAGAAGGACGAGAUCGUCCUCGAAGUGACCCCGUUGGAGAAGAUGCUGCAGAAUGCGGGACCGCUGCGCGAGGACGGUAGCGACCGCUUCUUUGGUUUUGAGAACUUUGGCAACACUUGUUACUGCAAUUCCAUCGUCCAAGCGCUCUUCUACUCCGACCUCUUCCGCGACAACGUCAUCAAGUACCCGCCGUACUCGCCCGCCGAGACCCCCAACGGCACGAACCCCAAGGUCCACGUCACCAUCAGACCGCCCAUGAACCCGACGCCGCCGGCACCGCAACAGAAACAAAAGAUCCCGUCCACGUCCCAGGUGCUGAAGCAGAGGCAGGCCAUCAAUGCCGGUCAACCAGUUGGUGGCCCGGCCGCCGUCAAGCCCGAGGACAAGCCCGACACCCCCGAAUACAAGAAGAAGCAGGCGAUGCUCAAGGGCCCGAUCCUAGAGCUGGCGCAGGAGAACGCCGUGGCUUACGGCAUGGACGAAUGCACCUUUACCGGGCUCAAGGACAUCUUCCUCGCGCUCCUCGAGAGCAGCACCCGGACGGGCGUGUUGAGCCCGCAGCGGUUCCUCGAGAUUUUCAAGCGCGACAACGAAAUGUUCCGAAACUCCAUGCACCAAGACGCCCACGAGUUCUACGGCUUAGUCUUGAAUGACGUUAUUGCCAACGUCGAAGCAAACGCGCGCCGGAUCCAGGACGACGACGUCAGGCGGCAGAAUGGCCUGAUACAGUCGGUGGAGAACGCCCUCGGCACCGGCCUGAACAACGCCACCGGAUAUCGAUCGCCUGGUACCGGCUGGGUCCACGACAUUUUCGAAGGCGUCUUGACCUCGGAGACCAAGUGUUUGACAUGCGAGACAGCGUCGCAGCGCGAUGAGACAUUCCUCGACCUCUCGAUUGACCUCGAGGAGCAUUCCUCGGUCACGUCCUGCCUGCGCAAGUUUUCCGCCGAGGAAAUGCUCUGCGAGCGGAACAAGUUCCACUGCGACCACUGCGGCGGUCUGCAGGAGGCGGAAAAGCGCAUGAAGGUCAAGCGGUUACCCAAGGUGCUUACGCUGCAUCUCAAGCGCUUCAAGUACACGGAGGACUAUAGCCGGCUGCAGAAGCUGUUCCACCGGGUUGUGUACCCCUACCACCUCCGCAUGUUCAACACCACCGACGACGCGUCGGACCCCGACCGUCUGUACGAGCUAUACGCGGUCGUGGUGCACAUCGGCGGCAACGCCUACCACGGCCACUACGUCUCCAUCAUCAAGACCAAGGAUCGCGGCUGGGUCCUGUUCGAUGACGAGAUGGUGGAGCCCGUCGACAAGCACUUUGUGCGCAACUUUUUCGGAGACAAGCCUGGCAUGGCAACGGCAUACGUUUUGUUCUACCAGGAGACGACUUUCGACAAGGUCAGGGAGGAGCAGGAAAAGGAGGGCAUGGAGGAGGUCAAGCUGGCGACGCAAGCCGCCAACGUGGCGCACGAGGACAGCGACAAGGCGGACACGGCCCCGUUGAAGCGACAGGCCACGCACCCGACGCCGCCAGCGCCUGAGCCCGAGACGCUGUCGAAGCUGGCUCACGCCCAGACUGCCCCGGACUUGUCGAGCGCACCGCCGGCCGCGGCGGCUCCUUCGAGCCCCGCCGUACCCCCGGUGCCCGCCCUGGCGAGGACGCCAACGACGAAGCAGGACGCAAAGACCAAGGAAGACAAGAAGCGCGAAAAGAAAGAACGCGAGGCGGCAGAAAAGGCAGCAAAACUGGCAGAAAAAGAGACCCAGAAGCAGGCCAAGGAGGCGGAGAAGGAGCGGGAGAAGCAGCUCAAAGAAGACGAGAAGAAGCGGCGAGACGACCAGCUCAAGAGACUACAGGCGCACAGGCUGGAGCAGGAAGAGCUGCAAAAGGUGCUCGACGAGAGCAAGAAGACGGCGGCCAAGGAGGACCAGGCCCGCAAGAAGGAGACCAACGGCAACGGCACCGUCGGGGGCAUGGCGGGCAUCCUCGACCGGUCCAAGCGCGGCAGCAAGUCCAUGUCCAAGAAGAGCUUCAGCUUCUUCCACAAGGACAAGGGCGGGGCGGACGCCACGACGGAGGGGAGCGAGAGCGGCGAGCUGCCCGAGAAGCAGGAGAAGAAGGGCCGCCUCAGCAUGGGCCUCGGGCGGAAGAAGAGCAGCGGGCUGCUGUCAUGA